UGAGCGCUGAAUUCAACUGGCCUGAGAGCGCUUCAGUCUAUGUUUAGUGAGGGAACCAUGUGACUGGUGUCAUCAGCAUGCCAGACAUGGCUGGGCCGUGUCCGCCUUUGCUCACUGCCUCCUCCCUCGUCUUUCCACUCUCCCUCUCUUCCUCUAAUCACUCGUUCUCUGGACGCCGUGUCCGAUCUUGAAGGAGUGUAAAAUGUGAGUUUGGGCGAGUGAACGGAGUGCCCGUGGCUGCAGCACCAUGAAUGUGUGUAACAGCACUGAUCUUCCUGAGGUGGAAAUCAUCAGUUUGCUUGAGGAGCAGUUGCCUCAUUAUAAGCUGAGAGCUGACACAAUAUACGGCUAUGACCACGAUGACUGGCUCCACACUCCUCUCAUCUCACCCGAUGUCAACCUCGACCUGACCACAGAACAGAUCGAGGAGACCCUCAAAUAUUUCCUUCUAUGUGCUGAUCGAGUGGGCCAGAUGACUAAGACAUAUAAUGACAUAGAUGCUGUUACACGUCUCCUGGAGGAGAAAGAGCGUGAUUUGGAGUUGGCGGCACGUAUUGGCCAGUCUCUGCUGAAAAAGAACAAAACCCUCAGUGAGAGGAAUGCCUUCCUGGAGGAGCAGGUGGAUCACAUACGAGAAGAGGUGUCUCAGCUGCGUCAUGAUCUCUCAAUGAAGGAUGAACUCCUGCAGUUCUACACAAGUGCUGCUGAGGAGAGUGAUGGAGAGUCUGCUUCUACCACACCUAUUCGCAGAAAUGACUCGUCUUUCACGCUCCCAGAUUACCUCCCUCUGGAUUCACUGCAGAAGAAACUCAAGGACCUGGAGGAAGAGAACCUCAGCCUGCGAUCAGAGGCAAAUCACUUGGAGACAGAGACCAUCUCGUAUGAAGAAAAAGAACAACAGCUUGUAAAUGAUUGUGUUAAAGAGCUCAGAGAUGCUAACAUACAGCUCUCCAGCAUUGCGGAAGAGCUGGCUAAGAAAACAGAGGAUGCCUCUCGCCAGCAAGAGGAAAUCACACACCUCCUCUCUCAGAUCGUGGACCUGCAGAAAAAAGCCAAAUCUUAUGCAGUAGAAAAUGAAGAGCUCACACAGCAUCUGGGAGCUGCUAAAGACGCCCAAAGAGCACUAACAGCAGAGCUGAGGGAGCUGGAGGAUAAGUAUGCUGAGUGUAUGGAGAUGCUCCAUGAAGCUCAGGAGGAACUGAAGAACUUCAGAAAUAAAACGCUGCCUCUCAGUACACCGCGGCGAUUCCACUCUCUCGGCCUCUUCCCCAUGGACUCUUUAGCUGCUGAAAUUGAAGGCACCAUGAGGAAAGAGAUUGAGAUGUCUGAUCCAGACGUAGAGGAACAAAGGUUGCACCCAAAACGUGUCUUCGAGACGGUGCGUAACAUCAACCAGACGGUUCGGCAACGCUCCAUGGGCCCGUCCCCUAUGAACAUCCCAGGGUCCAAUCGGACGUCCUGUAUAAACUCCAGGCGUUCUAGUUGUCUGAGCACGCCCCGAUCGAGCAUGUACGGAGGGGACGGGGUUGAAAUGGACAACCGCACUAACAGUAUGCUUCUGGAAACCCACUCACCUCAAGAUGGCUCUAAUGACUCCAACAGAAAGCCUGGCACGCCUGGCACACCCGGCUCCCAGGACCUGCAGGCGGCACUGCGUCGCCUUUCCCUUCGACGGGACAACUACCUGAGCGAGCGGCGUUUCUUUGAGGAGGAGCGCGAGCGUAAACUUAACGCCCUGGCAGUAGAGAAAAGCGAAUUGUACGAGGACAGAGAUGUUGGUAGUGGCAGUGAAGACGGCGGUCCUCUUACUCCGGCAGAAAGCAUCAUGUCUCUGGGCACCCUGCACUCGGUUUACUCCAUCUACAGCGCCCGAUCAUACCUGCCCGAGAAACUCCAGAUCGUCAAGCCUCUGGAAGGUUCGGCCACUCUGCACGCAUGGCAGCAGCUCGCGCAGCCACACCUGGGCGGCAUCCUGGACACACGGCCCGGCGUCGUGACCAAGGGCUUCCGAACGCUGGAGCUGGACCUGGAGGAGGUGUACCAAUUCACCGACCUGGAGGAAGAUGAGUCAGGACAGCAUUCCCAAUCCGCCGUCUCUACCUCUUGCCUGGGCUCUAUGCCUUGCUCGCCUGCUUUGCGACGACCUCGUGCCAACAAUCCUGACAACCAGGAAGAGCAGCUCAGAGAAAAUGGAGGGACCCCUGGAGUGGGGCUAGACCGAAUGGAGGCUGGAGAGGAAGAGGUCUCAUCUGUGCAUUUUCCUGGUAAAUGUAUGUCUCACACCAGCUCCACGUACACCUUCACCACCUGCAGGAUUCUGCACCCUACAGAUGAACUCACCAGAGUCACACCCAGUCUUGUGUCUGGUCCAUCACUGACGACCUGCGUGAUGUCCAGCAGCAGUCUGCGCUCAACCCCUGUGUCCACCCCCUGCACGCCUCGUCGCCUCAGCCUGGCGGAGAGUUUCACCAACCUCCGCGACUCAACCAAGACCACCAGUACCUCUUUGGGCCUUGUGCGCCUCCUACAAGAGAGAGGUAUAUCUGCUGCUGUCUAUAACCCUCUCAGCUGGGACCGGGCGGAUCGAGCCCCUCCACCAGACCCCUGCUCAUCACACACUGCCCACCCCUUACACACCUGUCCAGACACUCUCCCUUCCACCCCUCCAAACUCCCCCAGCAAGUCCAAACCCACCAGACCUGUGCUCCCUGUAGACUACAGCCCCUCAGACCCCCCCUACGAAACCUUCCUGGCUUCACGGCCAGCCAGCUCGAUUCUAAAGGAAGUGCGGGAGGCGGACGAAAGGGCUCAAACAGAUACACAGAGUCAGACUGAAGUCAGUGUGCAGAAUCUGAGACUUGUGGACAAGGUAAAGAAGUUUAGCCUGGCUCCCAGAACAUUGGCCCCAGGACCGCCAUUCGGAGCCCACGCUGUUGUGACCUCCCCUAUCGGGGGACUGCCAGUGCUGAACUCAGGGAUGAGAAGAAACCGCAGUUACCCAGCUAUGGUUGGGGCUAGUAUGGCGAUGAAGGGCGCAGGGCCUCCCAGUGAGGACCUGCUAUUGGUCCAUGGGCCACCAAGACAAACUAGCCUCAAUGAAAAGUGAAUGUCGUCCCCUUUUGCCUUUUAUUUGUUUAAAUUUGCAUUGAUACAGUAUAUCAUCCUUGCGACAACUCGAGUGCCUGUUAUUAAGAUGAUAUUUGUAUAGAUUAUUUUGUUAUAACAGUUGAUAUAACAACCUC